AUGGCGACCGCACUAUAUAGUGCACUAUAUAGGGGUUAGGGCAGUAAUUCGGACACAGCCAUGUUUACAAAAACUGAAGCAGAAUGCUGAAUCCGUGACGUGAGGAAAGCUCGAAUGUCUGAGCUUUCUUGGCUCCCUGAACGCAGCAUAGGCUCAGCGCUUGUGGUGCGCGUGGGACUCAAAUCUCGUGGGAACUUCCGACAGCGGGCGAGUCGUCGGUGAGGGAAAAUCACAAACAACUGCAUGUGAAGUUUCUCCAAAGGGUUCACAGGAGACAUGGAAACCUGCACGAUGAAGCCAGAAGUUAAGCAGAAGAGAAAGCCGCCCAAGCUUCCUCCAAAGCCCACAGAGGACAAAGGGAAAAGAGAAGCGGAGAGGGCUCAGACGCCAGAGCCUGACCUGCAGAGCCAUCUCAUAAGCAACGAUGGCAAACUCUCUGGAACUCCUGUGGUUCCACCCAGACCCACAGAAAAGGAACUUCAGAACUCGACCAGAUACAGUCUGCACAAAAGGACACAGGCAGACCACACAGAGAGCCCCAGAGAAGAUGACCCAUCAGGAACUACAGCAGAUGAAACAGACUUCAAACAGAGUAAUCACUCGGUCCUGACUGGAAUGUUUCGAGGAAGCCAAAAGGAGAAGAAGGCAUCGUUCACUAGCUACCUCCACCCACCCAAUGAACAGGAUUCAACCGACGACCAAAUCCCAGUCAAACAGGCUCCCAGCAACAAGCCGGAAUUUCUUAAAGGCGUGAUGAAAGGCCUGAAUCUGAAGAAGACGUCGCAGAAGAUCAUUAAAGAGAACAAUGACUCUGAAGAUGCAGCAGAGGACGAAACAUCUGCACAAACCUCUGAAAAAGGAGGCUUUUUGUCCAACAUUCUUAAAAAGUCUAAAACACCAGCAGAUGAAGCCUCCAUGCAGGACAACCUGAGUGUUCACAGUGAGCUGUCUGCCAGCAGUGACAGUUUGUCUGAACAAAGCAAGGGAAAAGGAGGGAAAUUACCCAAGAUCUUUAAGAGGUCUCCAAAGGAUAAGCCUCUGGCUGGAGAUUUGUCAGGCAGUAGUGACAGUCUGGCUGAGACUCACUCAAAGCAGGAAAAAGGUUUUUUCUCUGCGAUUCUUCGCAGAUCUCCCAAGACUUUUGAGGAGGAGACUCGUGAGAAGGUUCAGGAUAAAGAAUCGCUGGAGGAUUCUGCAUCCAACUCUGACAGUCAGUCUGACAACUCCAACUCAAAGGGAAAAGGAAACAUUUUCAGCGAAAUAUUUAGAAAAUCUCCAAAUCCAUCCGAAAGCCCCAGUCUGGAAGAAAGCUCUGAAUCGACACAUGGUGAGCCGCCUGUCAGCAGCGACAACCUGUUGGAGAAAAAGGAGAAAGGGGCUUGGUUUGGAUUUUUUAAAAAGACCCCAAAAGGAACCGCUGAGGAAAAAAUGGAUGGCGAUGAUUUUUCCAUCAGCAGCGCUGACCCGUCUGAAGAUACCUCCACACAGCAGAAAGAAACAGCAAGUGAUGAGCUGACGGGCAGCAGAGAAGGCUCGACUGACAGCAGCACUGAGGACAGAAAUCUGGAAGCCGGCAGUGAGGAUCAGUCUGAGAGUAACCGCUCUAAGGAGAAAAAGGUUUUCAGCAGCAUGUUCAGGAAGCAGCAGAAAGCAGCAGAGGGCGCCGCAGCACAGACGGAGAAAAAAAGAGGAGGAUUUGCUGGAAAAUUCAAAACGAGUUUGGAAAACCUGUUUGAAAAGGAGUCAGACCCAGCAGCAGAUGACAAAUGGUUGACAGGAAGCUGUGAAAACCUGUCAGAUGUCACCAUCACAGAGGAGAAAUCGGGAAAGUUAACGCGGCUCUUUAAACAGUCGCCCAAACCGGCUCCUCGCUCCGUUACUGCUGAGCAUCCGCUCAGUGGCUCUCCCCUGUCGGCCAGUUGGGACAGCCUUUCAGAAAUUGGGAAGGAGGAUCUUUCAGGACAAACUGAGCCUGCAGACGAUAAUGAUGUUCUUCUUGAAGGUGCCAGCAGGACAAAGGAAAAACGAGGCGGCCUUUCUGCGAUUUUCAAGCGAACACCUAAAACGUCAGAAACUCUGGAGGACGAGGUCAGAGAGACACCAGAGGGAGGCAGACUAAGACGCAAGAGGACGGUAAAGAAAAAAAGACGAGUUGUCUCAUUCAGAAUCAAGAGAACUCUUCCCACAGAUGGCAAAUCAACUUUACAAAGAACUGAUGAGAUGCUGAUCAUCGACGAGGCGGUCGAGAUGCAGGAAAUUAACCCGGAGCAGGUUAGGGAGAGCACAGUAGAGCUCCAGCCUGUGGAGAUGGCUGCAUAUCCCUCUGGAGAAAGCCCCUCUGAACUGGAGGAGGAGAACGAUGAGCUGAUGGAGUGGUGGAACACAGUUAAAGGUUGGACGGAGUGGAAUAAGAGCUCCAAUUUCCAGGAGGAUGAGGAAACGGCGGUGGAGCAGGCCGCCGAUCGAGUCUAUAUGGCAGCUCGGCUCUUUGUGCGCCUUUUCAACCAGCGGGGGGCGUCCUUGCAGCACCGCAUCUUGGAGCUCCUGGCCGUGGCCGAUGCUGCAGAUCAGUUCCACAAGCGGACAGUGACGGCCGCUGUGGGUGGAGGUGUGGCCAGCGUUGCAGGCAGCAUUGCCACCAUCACCGGCCUCAUCCUGGCCCCCUUCACCUUCGGAGCCUCUGUCAUCGUCACCGCUGUGGGCAUCGGCGUGGCGACAGCUGGGAGCAUCACCUCAGCCACCGCUAACAUCACAGACACGGUCCACUCCAACAUGGAUCGGAAGAAAGUGGAGAAGAUGAUCCAGGGCUACCAGGAGGAGAUAACGGUCAUCAGGGAGUGCUUGGAGUUUUUGCAGGAAGGCAUGGACACCCUGCAGGAGUGGGAUUUUGAAAAGUACUCUGAAAGUGCUGCCAAAAAGGCUCUGAACCACAACAUUAAACAUGUGAUGAAGGAGGGCGGGCGCGCCGGAAAAGCCCUGAUGAUCAACACGGACAAGCUCAUCAGCACCGUGCAGGUCCUUGGAGCCGCAGGCGGCGCCGCCAAAGCUGCACAGGCCAUCAGUGUCACCACGGGCGUGAUGUCCGCCCUCUUUUUAGCUCUCGAUGUUUUCUUCCUCGCCAAGGACUCCCACGAGCUCCGCAAGGGCGCCAGGACUAAGUUUGCCUCAACAAUUACAGAGGUCUGCAAAGACCUUCAAGAUGGUCUGCUGGAGCUGAACAAGGUGAAAACGCAGCUACAGAAGACCAUGGACGGCAUAGAGCUGGAGCAGUAUGAGGAGACCGAAGAGGUGGAGGUGGAAGAGGAGGAUGAACUGGAGUCUGAUCCAAAGAAACUGGCUGAGCUGGAGAAGGACCUGGACCUCAUGGAAGAGAAACUCUGCAAGAAGGAAGAUGAGGGCGAGAAGAGGAGCGAGCAGUCAGGGAAGGAACCUUUUAAAUUUACCAAGGAGAAGAAAGAGAAGAGCAAGAAGGAAAUAGGAGAGCCUGACGAAAGUAAAGAGAAAGGAGAGAAGGAAAUAACCAAAAUAAACAAAGAGAAAAAGGAGGGGGGAGACGGCAAGGCUGAGUCCAAACCAGAGAAAGAGGGGCAGACGAAGUCCACCCAAAGACCUGCAGAAGAAGCUUUAGCUGAAGAGUCUCAGAAAGGAAGCAAGAAGGACAAAGAAACCAAGAACCGACUCACCGCCGGAAAAGAGGAAACACACCUGCGUGAGUCUGACAGAGUUCAGAAAGACUCAAAGAAAAGCACAAACGGCAGAGAAAAAAAGAGAAAGAGUCCCCAAACCGAAGCGACCGAAGCCCUGAGCGGCUCAGGUGAUUGGAAACAACACUCCACGGGGUCAAAGGCUCUGAUGGAGAGCAACAAAAGCCACAAAGGAGGGAGCAGCAGGGAGGAGGGAAGGACGCCUGAAAGAGGAGGCAAUCAGGAAAAACGGGAAAGAGAUCAGGAGAGAAGACGUGACUCAACAGAGAACGAAAGGAGAAGAUCAGACCAAAAGGCAGACGGGACACGGAGUCGAGGAAAGAAAAACAAAGACGAUGAGAGACGAGAUCACGGAGAGACAGAAUGCAGGAAAGACUCGCUCAGAGGCUGGGAAGAGACCAGGAGUUCAGAAAGAGAGUCAAGGAGGAGUAACAAGAGUAGACUCCAUGAAAGAGAGGAGGAAGGAGGGAGCAGAGUGGAGAGGAGGCCCUCUGAGAGGGCAGACCAUGCUUUGAUGGAGAAGGACAAGAAGGGAGAAGGAGGGGAGCGUGGACGGAGAGGACACGGAGAGCGUGGAUCUCACGCCACCUCCAGAGAUCUGUGGAAAGACGGCCUGAACAUUUAGCCCCCGUGUGGUGAAACAGAAGCUCCUCCCCCUGCUGUCUGAUUACGCGGCGCCUCCUCCACCCUGCAAUGGAUUUUUAGCAUGUGGUCCCAGAAGGGCAAUUUGAGUUAUUUUUAACAUAAUCGUGGUAAAGACUAUAAUAUGAAUAUUCUGUGGCUACAAUUUUUAGAAAAGUGUCGUCAGGAGUGUUUUAAGAUGAAAGUUUUAUAAAUACCUUUUCUAAAGUUCUGUCUGUUUGUUUUUCUAGAUUUACUAAUAAACCCAACAGUGUAGCAUCAGUAAAAGCUGAUGACUGUAAAGUUACAUUUAUUCAACAUCUGAUGAUAUUGAUGUUUAUAGAUGCUUAUCUCUGGAAAAGGUUUUGUUUUGUUGAACAAAGUCUUUUAAUGUGUAGAAGAUUCAUUUCUCUCCUCCAACCAGCCUAACUUGUUUGUCUUGACUGUUCCAAAAUGAUCUACCCCAGCAGGUCGUCCUGCUUCAUGGAAACAUUUUUUAUCCUUCAUCAGCACAUAAAUCUUCUCAUCUUGAUUAUUAUCAUUGAGAUUUGCUGGUUUGCUAUGGAAUAAAUGACUGAGUGGUAGAAAGGCUUCCUCGUCUUGCUUUUUCACUUUAAAGAUGCCAAAAGUUUAAAGUUUGGUUAUAAAUAAAGUUUGAUGCUGACUUUUGUCAAA